AUAGCAAAUGCAUUUCUACUUACUAUUUUACAGAAGAUGAAGCUUCAGCUUUUUACAAGUCUGCUCCUCUCUGUGAGCCUUCUGACCCUACCACUCGCUGUUGAAGCCAAUCAGGCAGACAGUCUCCGGCAGAUGAUACAAUCCAGGAGGCAACAGAAGGCAACUGAGAGUUUCUGGGAGGAAUUCCAUGAUGCCAAAUAUUACUCUCCCAAGUACAUUUUCCCACAACAUGGCUCAAUGGAUGGUGACAGGGUCGGUGCAUUGCCAGGCCAACCAAAUGGUGUUGACUUCAACCAAUAUGCAGGCUAUGUCACCGUUGAUCCUACUGCCGGCAGAGCACUUUUCUACUACUUCGUCGAGUCACCAGAGAACUCUUCAACCAAUCCUCUGGUUUUAUGGCUGAAUGGGGGACCCGGAUGUUCAUCCCUUGGGUAUGGAGCAAUGGAGGAAUUAGGACCUUUUAGAGUAAGUGCUGAUGGCAAAACACUUUUCAAGAAUCCUUAUGCAUGGAACAAAGUGGCAAAUGUGAUCUUCUUGGAAUCUCCAGCUGGAGUAGGAUUUUCCUAUUCCAAUACAUCUUCGGAUUAUACCACUGGUGAUACUCGCACUGCCAAUGAUAACUACGCCUUCCUAGUCAACUGGCUGGAGAGGUUCCCACAAUACAAACUCAGAGAUUUUUUCAUCACUGGAGAGAGCUAUGCUGGUCACUAUGUCCCUCAGCUUGCCAUGACAAUUCUUGCUAACAACCAAAACACAAAUCAAACUGUCAUCAAUCUUAAAGGCGUUGCGAUUGGAAAUGCAUAUAUUGAUGCUGGUCCGAAGUACUUGGAGGGCAUAUAUGAUUACUAUUGGACCCAUGCUUUGAUCUCAGACGAAACCCACAAUGCCAUCGUCAAACACUGUGACUUUGUCAACUGGACAUACUCUCGCAUAUGUGGAGACUACUUAGAUAUUGCAAAGGCAGAUGCUGCUGACAUCGAUCAUAAUAACAUUUAUGCUCCACGUUGCCAUGAUCCUGCAGAGAACAAAGGAGUACCCAGUUCUAUUGACAACUUCGAUCCCUGCUCAGACAACUAUGUGCAUUCAUAUCUUAAUACUCCAGAGGUACAAACGGCUUUCCAUGCAAGGCCCACAAGCUGGGAAUCCUGCAAUCAAGUUGUGUUUGACAACUGGACUGAUAACCCCAUUACUGUCUUACCUGUAAUUAAAACUCUCAUGACAAGCAGCAUCAGAGUCUGGCUUUAUAGUGGUGAUACCGAUGCAGUUGUUCCAGUGACAACAUCCAGAUAUGCAAUUGAUACGUACAAGCUUCCCAUCAAGACUCCUUGGCAUCAGUGGUACACCAAUCUGGAGGUUGGAGGAUAUGUGGAGGAGUAUGAAGGACUUACAUUUGCCACUGUGAGAGGAGCUGGACAUCCAGUUCCAAGCUACCAGCCGGAGCGUGCUCUCGUGAUGUUUUCCUCUUUCCUUCAAGGAAGCUUCCCUCCUCCACCAAAGGCAUGAUAGAACCUAACAUCCAGUCCCAGUUCAGGAACAAUGUAAUGGGCUAAUUGCAAUCACCAUGACCAGUCCUCUCACUAAUUUCGAGUCAAAGCAAAUAAAAUCUUAAGUCAAACUGGCAAUUGCAAUGUGCUUGAGAUAUGAAUUAAUAAGACAGAACAUGUAGU